AUGAAGCUCACUACGUUGCUCUCGGCGGCGUUCCUCGCCAUUGGAGGUUUCCUGUUCGGCUAUGACAGUGGUAUCAUCACUUCUACCAUUGGCCAGCCCGAGUUCAUCAAGUACUUUUCCUACCCGAGUGACAAUACGACUGGCGGUGUUGUCUCUGCAUUCCAAGGUGGCGCUAUCUUAGGAACAAUCAUCAAUGUCUUCGCUGGUGAUCGUCUGGGACGAAAGCGCUCUGUCUUUGCUGGAGCGUGCAUUUCGAUCAUCGGGUGUGGUCUGCAGGCCGGUGCGGUCGACAUGGCCAUGCUCAUCAUUGGUCGAUUCAUUGCUGGUGCUGCCGUAGGCAUGCUCACUUCCGUUGUACCGAUGUAUGCCGGUGAGAUGGCUGAGGCUGCCUCGCGUGGUAUGAUGUCGGGUCUCUUGCAGUGGAUGCUGAGUUGGGGAUAUCUCGUGGCUCAGUGGCUGGGUUACGGGUGCUCCUUCAUUGACACCCCCUUCCAAUGGCGAUUCCCUCUGGCGUUCCAGUGCAUCCCUGGUAUUGUCCUUGCCUCCGGCGUGUGGUUCCUCAACGAGUCCCCACGCUGGUUGAUGGAGAAAGACCGUCAUGAUGAGGCCCUCGCCACCCUUCACAGACUUCACGGUGAUGGUACCCCUGAGAAAGAACAAUAUAUUGAGCUUGAAUUCCAGGAGAUCCGCGAAACCAUUGAGGCAGAGCGUGCAUCCACCAAAAUCACCUGGUCCUCGAUUCUGACUAAACCUACUUGGCGUCGUCGCUUGGUUCUGGGCUGUGCGGUUCAAGCAUUUGGUCCUCUCAGCGGCAUCAACGUGAUCAACUACUAUGGAACCCGAAUAUAUGCUUCGUUAGGCUUCGAUACGCACACCACUCUCAUGAUUAUCGGUAUCUCUGGUGCUCUGUCCAUCCUCUACUGCACUGGUGGUCUGUGGGCCCUUGAACGGGUCGGACGAAUCAAGCCUCUCAUUAUUGGGUCCGCUGGUAUGGGUCUUGCACUUGUCUGCAAUGCCGCCAUGUCCCAACACUACGACGAGACCAACUCCAACCAACUGCGUGCCAUGGUCGCCAUGAACUUUGUCUUCAGCUUCUUUUACACCUUCAUCGGCAUCAUUUCCUGGGUGUACCCGGCGGAAAUCUUCCCUGUGGAUAUCCGAAACCAGGGCAACUCCAUCACUACAUUCACCAACUGGUCUAUCAAUCUGGUCUUUGCUCAGUUUUCACCCACUGCUUUGACCAACAUCGGCUUCCGGUACUUCUAUGUCUUCUUCGUGUUCAACAUUAUUGCCAUGCUCUGCUACUACUUCUUUUUCCCAGAGACUAAGGGUAGGACCCUUGAGGAGAUGGACUUGCUCUUCGGAGACGGCCAUGUGGUGCCCUCCGGCACAGAGAAGCAGGAGUUAACCCUUGUGGAGCACGUGCAGUGA